AUGGCCACUAAAAGCUCUAAAGCCGGCGACAAACGCAAGGCGGUCGAAGUACCCGAAAAGAAAGUCAAGAAGUCCGAAGGGAGGAAAGAAGGCCCUGAUUCGACAAGGAAGCUUUUCAGGAACGAGGACGCCUCAGACGAUAGCGAUGAUGACUUAUCCGAUGGCGAGGAUGGCGGUGCUGAGCUUCCUGUGAAGAAGAAGUCCAAGCAUGCCAAAGAUUCAGCAAAAUCUGAAAGCAGCGGAGUGACUGACAAAAAGCAGCAUGAGCGAGGCGGCGAGACCUCGAGAGAAUCACACAUCAAACAGAAGCAGCUUGCCAAGGAACGAAAGGCUGCCCGCCCUCUCGCCGAGGAGCUGCAGAGGACCAAGAAGAUCUGGGAGCGACUACGACGGAAGUCUCACGUGCCGAAGGAAGAGAGAGAGAAAUUGGUCGAUGAACUGUUCGAGAUCAUCACGGGCCGUGUCAAGGACUUUGUACUGAAGCACGACGCUGUGCGUGCUGUUCAGACUGCGCUCAAAUAUGCGAAGACGGAACAGCGCAAAACGAUUACGAAAGAGCUUCAGGGUACCUACGCCCAGCUGGCCGAGAGCAGAUAUGCCAAGUUCCUCAUUGGCAAGAUGUUGGUUCAGAACGACCCGGAGAUCCGGGAUAUGAUCAUCCCUGAGUUCUAUGGCAAGGUCAGGAAGCUUAUCAACCACCCUGAAGCUGGCUGGAUUCUCGAUGAUAUCUACCGUGGUGUCGCAUCCAAGGAACAAAAAGCGAUCAUCUUGCGGGAGUGGUAUGGUCCUGAAUUCUCUCUCUUCAGGAAGGAUGGCGACAAGACAGAAACGGCGGAACUGUCCCAGAUCCUGGAAGAGAAUCCUGAGAAACGUGGCCCUAUCAUCAAGAAUCUUAUGGGUAUGAUCGAUCAGCUUCUCCAAAAGAAGAUGAACGGUUUCACCAUGCUCCACGACGCCAUGUUGCAGUGCUUCCUGAAUCUGAAGGCUGGGAGUGAGGAGCAGACGGAAUUUGUUCAGAAGAUCAAGGACGACGAAACAGGAGACCUGCUGAAAAAUAUGGCUUUCACCAAAUCCGGUUCAAGACUCGCCUGCCUCCUCCUAGCUAACGGAAACGCCAAAGACAGGAAACAGUAUCUUAGGUUGUACAAGGAUACCUUCGAAGCAAUGGCCGGCGAUCAGUUUGGGCACCGGGUUAUACUCACAGCCUAUGAUGUGAUAGACGACACUGUGCUCACGUCCAAGACAAUUUUCCCCGAGGUUUUGGGCAAGAAUGAGGAGAAACAUAACGUCAUCUUUGGAGCCAACGAUCUCAAUGCGAGGAUCACCCUUCUCUAUCCGUUCGAGGGCACCUCCAAGGCACUGUUUCCUCUUAGUCAUCAGGCAGAUCUGGACAUUCUCAGAGAGAUCCACGAGAUUCGACAGUCCACCAGCAAAAAGGACUCCGAGGUACGGCGCAAGGAGUUGGUCACUGCAAUGUCACCGGCUUUGUUGGAAGCCAUCGCGACGUCCGCAAAAGAUCUCAUCUCGACCUCAUUUGGCAGCCAGUUCGUGGCAGACGUGUUGCUAGGCGCAGUUGGAGACAAGACCUCGGCCUUGCAAGCAGUCGCUGAAGCAGCUGCAGGCGAUCCGUCGGCAUCAGAAGACACUGAAGGGAUCUAUUCUUCAGUGUACCAGCAUCCGGCGCAGACGGCUUGGGCGGAAAGGAUGUACAAGACGCUAAUCCAAGGCGGGCGUUUUGAUAAGGCAACCAAGAGUAUCAAGUUGGUAGAGCCUCCUCUGGACUUCGCAAACGUACUGUACCCGGUCAUCAAGGAUCACAUAGUGGCUUGGUCCACCGGACGAAGCGCCUUCGUUAUUGUGGCACUCCUGGAAUCGGAGAGUUUCUCUCAGAAGGAGAAAAUCAGAAAGGUGCUCAAGAAGCACAAGGCGGAGCUCGAGAAGGCCGCAACCACUCCUGUAAUCAAACCUGAUGCGGGGAAAGAUGCCGAGAGCCAAGGAGCAGGCAAGCAGAAGAAGGGUCGACAAGGGAAGAAGCCGCCAUCAGCUGGUGGAAACUCAGGGUCAAGGAUUUUGCUGGAGAAGCUUUGA